CUAGAGCUAAGAAGAGACAUCAACUAGAGCCACCACAGAUAGAAACUCGCCUACUAUUGUCAACAUGUCUGACCUGCAAGAUCAUUCAGAAAAUAUUUUGGCGAAAACAAACCAGAGUGACCUGAUGAAAAACAUGGAGUGCCAUUUCAACUGGCAGUUGGACUGUAGCCAAGCUACACUUGAGAACCUCCACCAAGAUCUCCAGGAUCGCCUUAAGAUAGGAUGUACCUGGAUGUGCCAGUUGAAGAACCUCCUUGGGUACGUCCUUCAUUCUCUGGGUUCCACUGAUAAGGCAUUGAUCUGCCUAAGAGAGGCAGAGGAGAUGAUCAAAGAGCAGAAGAGGGAUGAAGAGAAAGACUGCCUCCUGCUGGUCAACCAGGCAAACCUCGCCUGGGUGCACUACUUGAAGGGUGAGCCAGCAGAGAGACAAGCUUAUCUGGAAGAAGUGACUCGACUUCAGGAGGCUUUACCUGCCCCACCUGGUUGCCAGAUUCACCCAGAGUUAAGUGCGCAAAAAGGGUGGAGUCUGUUGAAGUUUGAGAGGAGCCACAAAAAAGCAGCAAUAGAGUGCUUUGAAAUGGCCUUGAUUGGUAAUCCCCAGAAAAGACUCUUUCACAAAGGCCUUGCUCUUGCCAUGGAAAAGGGUUACGAAAGAUCAGAAGUCACCCCAGAAUUGCAAGGGCAAAUCAUAGAAAAGCUCAGUGUUGCUAAACAGAGGAAUAAAAAAGACAUAUGUGUGGCAGCCUUGUAUAUGAUUAAUUUACUUCACAAGGACAGAAGUGGAAAAGAGAGUAAGUGGGAAGAGGCGAAAAAUCUGGCAGAAAAACUCACUGCCUCUAAGUGUCUUGAUGGUCUCAAUAAUGUCCUGUAUCUACUUAUGUUCCACUUCAAAGAAUAUGACAAAGCUGUAGAUGUUGCAGAGAGAAUGUUGAAAAAAUUUCCAAAUUCAACCCGAGCAAAAAAGAAUCUCGCUACCAGCUUGAGGUGGAAGUUCAAUGCAUUUUGGGAGGCUAAAAUAGCUUUGGGCAAAAAGGCCAUUGCCCUCUAUGAGGAUGUAAACACUCCACAUUCUGUCAAAACGAAUAUGAAUCUUGCAGAAUUGUACAAAAAUGUUGGUAACAUGGAUGCUGCAAAUCACAUCUACCAAAGCCUUAUAGGUAAAGAAGAACACCUCAAUGAUGAGGAGAAGCAAAUCCUGUACACACGGUAUGGUCACUGUCUUUACAAGUCCAAUCGUAUCUCUGAGUCAAUGGAUAUGUACAAAAAGGCAGUGCAGAUCCCUAAAGCUUCUGACAACAGAGAUUUAUGCAUUAAAAACCUUGUGUCAAAUGUCAGAAAAGGGCAGGAUGCCGGAGAUGAUGAAGCCUUUCUGGUCAAUCUGCUCUGUGUUGACUGCCAGCAUAAUGGAACAAUAUUUCUGAAGAACUGAUCAUCACAUGGUCUAGCAUAGGUUUUCCAUAAUAGUUUAAAAUAUUUUUCUAAAUAUCUUUCAAAGCUACUGGUCACUUUCUGAUAUUUAAAAUGGGAUAAAACACCAGUAAAGUGUUGAUAUUUUCCUUCAGUUUGCCACCAUACUGUAGAUCAGUGAGUCAUCUCUUCAGGCUGUUUUCAUCUCUAUACGCUUCUGUUCAACUGUUGUUGGUUUUUUGUUGUCGUUUUUUUUUUUAAAAGUGAACUUGCUUGUCAUCCUAUUGAGCUGUUCUGUGCAUGCUCCAUUUUCACUUAUCAUAACAUAUGGAGAUUUUUAUUAUUACUACCAUGAGGGUUUAUCCUGACAUGCUGGAGAUAUUUGUACUGUUUUCAGAUGGAGUUGAAUAAAAUAUAUGUUUGCAAAAUG